CCCGCACGCCUGCAUGUUGGAUUGGAUUGGAACCACGUCCGCUCAUCAACAUGUCGGCAGGCCUAUGUAGGCAGCUGGGCGGGACGUCAUGGCGUCGGCAGCAGCGAGCUUCUGGCCGCCGGUAGCGGCCUCUUACGAUCCCAGCCCGGUGCUAAGAUCUUACAGACCUACCAGCCUCAGGCUCUCCCCUCCCACGCAAAUAAGAGCCUCGCCGAGGCCGCGCCGCCCCUCGGUCCUUGACAAACGGAAGGUAACGAUAAACAUCGGCGGUCGGCGGUACAUCACACGGAGGGGCUACCUGGACAAGUACCCGCAGACCCUGCUGGGCAGCUCGGAGAGGGAGUUCUUUUACGACAGUGAUGCCCAGGAGUACACAUUCGAAGCAGCCGACCCCGACAUAUUCAGGUACAUCCUAAAUUUUUACAGAACGGACGUGCUGCACUUUCCCAAGGCAGCUUGUUGGACCACCUAUAAUGAAGAAAUGGAAUAUUUCGGAAUCAUUCCGGAGAUCUACAUGGGAGACUGCUGCUACGAGGACUACCGACACUGUAGCAUGCGCCACAACGAGGAGGAUUUCGUGCGGCGGAAGCUUCUGGACAGGGUGGGGGACAACCCGCACCUGUCCGUCCGGCAGAGGAUGUGGAACGUGCUGCAGAACCGGAAGGGCUCGACCCUGGGGCCAGUGGUCAACUACGUGACGGGAUACUUUAUUGCCGUGUCCGUCAUCUCCAACAUCGUGGAGACGGUGAAGUGCGGGCCCCCCGACGGCCCGACUUGCGGCGAGAGGUACUCCUGGGCCUUCCGGUGUCUGGAUACGGUCUGCGUCGCCCUCUUCACGAUUGAGUUUUUCGCCAGGUUCUUCUCCGCGCCGGAUAGAAUGAAGUUUCUGAAGAGUUUUAUGACCAUUAUCGAUAUUUUGGCGAUCAUGCCGUUCUACUUGGGUUUCCUCAUUAAGCAGGAUAAGAUCAAGCGCGCCUUCAUGACGUUACGAGUGUGCCGGUCUUUCAGGAUACUCAGAUUUUCUGCCGCGUCCCCAGGAUUGAGAUGCCUACUCUACACCUUAAAGAAGUGCAUUGGUGAGAUGUUAUUUCUGCUACUCGCUGUGUUUAUGGUUGCCUUGAUAUUCGCCACUUUGUUGUACACGACGGAAAAACAGUCGAAUACGGCGUCGACAUUUUCGAGCGUCCCCGAAGCUUUCUGGUUCGUGAUCGUCACCAUGACGACCCUGGGAUACGGUGACAUGGUGCCGAGGACCAACAUGGGGAAAUUGGUAGCUGCUGCGUGCUCGGUGUGUGGGGUCAUCCUCAUGACAAUUCCCGUCACCAUCAUCGUGACAAGCUUCAGUCGGGUGUACAAAAAGAGUCAGAAGGCCAAGAAGCACGGUCGGCAAUACGAUGGGAAAGACAACGACGACGACGACGACGAUGACGACGAGGGGAUCGGGUGAACCCCCCCUUCCCAGCACCUGAACUGUCAAUCGUAAGUACUUUACUGAACCACUCUGUCAUGACGGCGCCACAAACUUUGCAUACAGUAGACAGAACGACGACGGUUGUUGUUGAAGUGAAGGCGCCGACAGACAGGUAUGUAUGCCAGGUGACUUUUGCAAGAAAAAAAUACAGGACUACGUCGUCUAUGUAGCAUGUGGGCAGUCAGCUUUGUAGCAUGUGGACUGCCCGUUUCAGUGCAGGUAUCUAUGCAAGUUUCGUGACGCCAGGAUGGGUGUGCAAUUUAGAUAUUCAAGACAUUUUUAACCAUGUAGUGUCUCAUGAAGUAAAACUAUGUCCCUACUAUGCCAGGUGCCUUACAAAUAUGUACAUGAACAAAAGACACAUAGAUUAUAUAGUUAUCUGUAUAAUAACACAAGUAUAGGAAUGGGCAAGGUCGCCAAAGAUUUAUAAAGCAUUCUACCGAAUUGUAAGAGGGAACAGGCGGGCGUAUGGUUGGUUGCACAAGCCUCCAUUGUUAAUUCACUGCAGAGAGGAACCCUGGAUGUUGUAUCACGUCGUCUUCACGCUUUUGCCGCUGGUAUAGCUGCUGCUCCGCAAUAUCAACACUUGGGAAUAUUAAGGAAGUCUCUCCAACACAGGUGACGCAGAAUUGCCAAAGAACAGAA